AGCAUCCUGCCCAUGAGCAGCCGGAGCGUGCUGAACCACAACCAGCAGGUGGGCGGCCCCACGGGGCAGACGGGCGGGAUGGGGGUCGGAGGAGAGCGGGGCGGGGGGGGCAGGACGCAGCGGGGGCAUGGGGAGCCCCAGCCGGUCUAUGUCAGGGUUUGGGGUGAACAGGAAUCCAGGCUUCAACAUGAACAACUCGUUAUCCAGCAACAUCUUCAACGGCACAGGUACGGCCACCGCCCGGCUCCCCUCCAUCCCGGUUGCCAUGGCGACGGCAGCCUCCCGAUGGCUCUCCUCUCAUGUUUUCCCGCGCUUCUGCCUCCAGACGGCAGCGAGAAUGUGACGGGGCUGGACCUGUCGGACUUCCCGGCGUUAGCUGACCGGAGCCGGAGGGACGGAGGGUCGAACCCCACCCCGCUUCUCAACCCGCUGGCCGGCCGGGCGCCCUACGUUGGCAUGGUAACCAAGCCGUCCAGUGAGCAGUCGCAGGACUUCUCCAUCCAUAACGAAGACUUCCCAGCUCUCCCCGGACCCAACUACCAGACAAAAGACCCCACCAGCACCAACGAGGACAGCAAAACGAAUCUGAACUCAUCAGGGAAGUCCACCUCCAGCUCAGACGGUCCAAAGUUUCCUGGCGACAAGAGCUCCGCCCCCAGCAACAACAACCAGCAGAAGAAAGGGAUUCAGGUGCUUCCCGACGGGCGUGUGACCAACAUCCCCGUUGGCAUGGUAACGGACCAGUUUGGGAUGAUCGGCUUGCUGACGUUCAUCCGGGCGGCGGAGACGGACCCCGGCAUGGUCCACCUGGCGUUGGGAUCUGACCUCACAACACUCGGCCUCAACCUGAACUCACCAGAGAAUCUUUAUCCUAAGUUUGCGUCUCCCUGGGCGUCGGCUCCAUGUCGGCCGCAGGACAUCGACUUCCACGUUCCCUCAGAGUAUUUAACCAACAUCCACAUAAGGGACAAGUUAGCAGCUAUCAAGUUAUCUCGAUACGGGGAAGAUCUGCUGUUUUAUCUUUACUAUAUGAACGGAGGAGACCUACUACAACUACUGGCUGCAGUAGAGCUCUUUAACAGGGACUGGAGGUACCAUAAAGAGGAGCGGGUUUGGAUCACCCGGGCUCCGGGGAUGGAGCCCACGCUGAAGACCAACGCCUACGAAAGAGGGACCUACUACUUCUUCGAUUGUCUCAACUGGAGGAAGGUGGCGAAGGAGUUUCAUCUGGAAUACGACAAACUAGAAGAACGACCUCAUGUUCCCUCCACCUUCAACUACAAUCCUGCCCAGCAGGCCUUCUGA